UUUCCAGUGGACAACGAAUCCGAGCUCAGUUAUAUCAGCAAUUAUCAACGACAGUAACUAUCUUCAGAUAGCCUACGAAGAAAAAGGAAAGAAAGGCUUGGACCAUCUGGGAAGUAAAUAAUUCCUUUUUCUCGUAAACUUUGAGCACACAUGCAUUUUGGACAUCUUUGUGGAAACCCCGAUCCCGUUCGUUGGGUCUAUCGGACUGAAGAAGUUUGCCCACCGCACUGCGCCUCUGAAAAAUACUUUAUCACCCGGCCGUCCUUAUCUGGAUCUACGCUGUUUCCCUUCAACUGGAUAACGAAAAUCCACUGAUUACUGACCCAGUUGAACUAGGAGUUGAGUGGAAGUUUCUAGACUACGUGACCGGCUUUGAUCCAGGAGUCAGUAUACCAUAUUCUUCCAAAUAGGACUAGCAUACGGUGUCAAAAUGUACCAAAGCCUUGCUUUGUCAUCCAACCAGUCCCCAUACGCACACGACGCGGGGAGCUAUAUGCACCCUUCGGCAAGUUCCCCGGUGUAUGUGCCUACUACGAGAGUGCCUGCUAUGCUGCAAACCCUGCCGUACUUGCAGUCGUGCGAGUCCGCACAUCAGUCCCAUGGCCUCGGCGGACAUCACAGCUGGCCUCAGACUGGCACAGACAGUUCUUCAUUUAAUCCAGGCAGUCCCCAUCCGCCUCCUGGAUUUUCCUACUCUCACAGCCCACCAGUAAGCAGCAAUACCGGCAGGGACGCAGCCUACCAGAACUCACUUGUACUCAGCAAUGGUGGUCGGGCAGACCAGUAUGGCAGCACGUUAGUGCGAUCUGUUGGAGGACCAUAUUCGAGUCCGUACACAUACAUGAGCCCGGAGAUAGCAACUUCUUGGACACCUGGGCACUUUGAGGGUGGCAUGAUCAGUCUUCAAGGACGUCAAAGUUGUCUUUCUGGGAGAAGGUCCAGUUUUGACAUGUUGGAUGAGAUCCCAGGAGAGGGUCGGGAGUGUGUAAACUGUGGCUCCAUUUCCACUCCGCUGUGGCGGCGAGAUGGCACUGGACACUACCUCUGCAAUGCUUGUGGCCUGUACCACAAAAUGAAUGGAAUCAACAGGCCACUCAUCAAACCACAGAAACGCCUGCAGACCACAUCUCGCCGCGCCGGACUGUGCUGCACUAACUGCCACACCAGUACCACCACCUUGUGGCGUCGCAAUGCAGAGGGGGAGCCUGUCUGCAAUGCCUGUGGCCUCUACAUGAAACUACACGGGGUCCCCAGACCACUGGCCAUGAAGAAGGAGAGCAUCCAGACCAGGAAACGGAAACCUAAGAUUCCCAAGUCCAAACCCUCAACAGGAGGUUUAUCAGCCUCAGGCACCAACUCCCCAUCCUCCAUCUCUGUCUCCGAACACGCUUCUACGAUAAAGAGCGAGCCCAACAUGGCCCCCUCUCCCUAUGCUGGACAGAGCGUAGCCCCUGUGUCCCAGGCUUCUUCACAUCUGGACCGUGCUGGUUCGGGACAUGUGGAUAUUAAAUACGAGGACUAUCCCUUCACCCCCACAUCCAUCGCCGCACAGAACUCAUGGUGCGCUUUGUCUCAGGCAUGACCCAGACCGUAGCCCACCGGGUCAGAUUCUGAACUCGGCUCCACUCACUGUGGGUAAUACAGACUUGUGACAACAACUACCUAUUAUAGACUUCCAGACGGACUCUUUCUCAUGAAUGGAAGGAUAAAGAAAAUGAAGGAAGCGUCGGCAAUCAAGUGGAAUGUAUACAGAGAAGGACUCUUCGUUGGGAAAUGUUAAUACUUUUUCUAUUUUGUUUAUUGUUGUUUUUGUUCUUUUCUUGGUUAUUGUAAUUGAUGAUAUUGUUUGUGAUAUCAGCAUCACAGUUUUACAUGGUGUUUCAAAAUAACCAGAAACAGUUUAACAAGUCAUCACAGAGUGUUAAACACAGAACCAGAUGGACAAAAAAAUGCAAGUGUUUUAUUACCUCUGAACAUAUUUAAUUACUGACAUGUACAGGUAGAUUAUUAACUUUUAUAGAUACAUUAUUUAUGUUAAGAUAAGAACAGUCAUGAACACCAAAGCCAACAUGUCAUAUCCAAGAAGUAUGUGUAAGGUAUGACCUCUAAAAUAGGAAGUAUUUAUUUACUUGGAUUUUGUAUGUAACUAAAUGCAUAUAUUGUGAAUUUUACAAAUAAUGCACAUAUUUACAAAUACAGUAUGAACACAGAUUUAAAAAAAGCAAUAUGAUUUUAAAAGUUCCCUAAUACUUAAACAUGUUUUGAUACCAUACUGCAUACUUAAAAUGGUUUUCCUUAUUUCCAAAACCCCUGUUCUAAUCAUUCAAGUUUUAACAACGUGUGGUCUGAUCAUUGAAUGUGCAAUGUCUUGAAGGAGUAUUUCGCAGAUUUACACCGUAAUGUUAAAUGGUCCCUUACUCUGUGUAAUCUAUGGUUUAAGAGAAACAGUAAUCCUUGGUCAGUUUUCUUUAAACUUAUGAUAACUUUACCAAAGAUUUAUUGAAGCAAUAAGCAUGUGUAAAGAUGUAUUUUUAAUGGCCAAAUCACCUCUAAUCGCCUGUAAGAGACAUAAGUAAAUACAGAAUUGAUUAUUUAAAUAUGCAUAAAAAAAAAA